CAAGGCAGUAAGGCACUCACUACUUACAAUUUAAAUUUUAAAUAUUUUUAUUGUUGGAAUGUGCUUAUGAACAAUAAAUUUGUAGAUUUUACUGUCUACCGUCUGAUUUUUGGUGUUCUGUUUCUGUUUGUAAACCAAUAAUCAUCGUAGACAGUAUUGUGGUGUUAACGAAUACAAAAUAGUGAAACAAUAAAACGCGGUUUUUCAAUUUAUAAUAAAAUGGACUGUGGUAAACAAAACGAUUUACUGUUGUCCAUACCGACAUUAAUAAAUGAAAAAACGCAGGAAUGCUAUGACGUGUUGUUGAAAAAGACUCACCUGAUCGGUCGCUCUGGAUUUGGUGCUGAUCUAGAAAUAUCGGAUGAUACAUCUAUUAGUCGUUCUCAUGCACAUCUAAUUCUUGUCAAAAAAAAAUUUGGCAGUAAAGCGAAACUGUUUUUGACUCUUGAAGACAAGAAAUCCAAGUAUGGAACUUUUAUAAAUGAUUUUGAUGAACGAAUUAUUAGUGAUUGCCCUAGAGUUUUAAAGUUUGGAGACAAAAUUCGUUUUGGCAUAAUGGAUAGUAUUUGGACUGUUGUGAAAUAUCCUUUAAUUGUUUGUCCAUCAACAUUGAAAUCAGCGGAAAAAGAAAUAUUGAGAAAUCUAAUGGCAAAAAUUGGAGGAGAAGUAUCACGUGAUUGGUCUGAAAAUUGUUCACACCUCUGCAUGAAUUCUGUUACUGUUACAGAAAAGGUCUUAUUAUGUCUAGCAUCUGCAAAAUCAAUUGUACUCUUGAAGUAUUUUAUUGAUUUAUAUGAAGCAUUAUCACCUGAUUCAUUGUCGGAAAUACCAUUCUGUGUGGAUUACAAGCCUAAAUUGGUCGAAAGUCUUUUAAACCCAAGUACAUUGUCAUUAGACGUAAAUAACAAACGUAAAAAAAUAUUUUCUGGCAAGACAUUUAUAUGCUCUACGGUUAAUCAAUUUAAUCGUAUCUCAAAAUUAGUGAAAUUAGCAGGUGGGGAAAUAAUUAAUUAUUCUGAUGGAAUUUUAUCUGAUGACGAUAUCUUAAGCUGUACAAAUUAUAUUCUAAUGCAACAAGACUCAAAAAGUUUGGAAGUUAAUAAUACUUACCAACGGAUUCUGGAAAAGCUUAGAAUGAUGAACAAAAGAUCAAUACCAGAAAAUGAUAUUGGAUUUGCUAUUAUUUUUACAAGUACUGCAAAACAUUGUAAUAUUAAUUACAAUAUUUCCUUAGUCAAUCUUGAAUCUCAACCCAAUGCAAUUAAAUCACAAGAUUCUGUUAUACUAGCUCCUGAAACUGAGGUUUUAACUGUUAAUGAUAGUGAAAUAUUUUCAGUUAAUACUAUACCAGAUUCUCUUGCAAACACGCAAGGUGCUUUUAAGAGACCAUUAGAAGUGGUAAAUGAUUCUGAAGAUAUAAUACCAACAAAACGUCCCUUAUUGGCAUACAAUGAAGAAAAAAUCAACAAUAUAAAAACAAUAACAGUUGAAGAAGAUUUGUUUCAACAAGUAAUUGAACCAACUCCAUCCAGUAGUGACCACAAUGUACAAAGUCCAGCAUCUAAGACUCCAACCGUUGAUAAUGUAUAUACAAAUGAUUUGUGUUUAACCACAAUACCUAGCUCACAUUACAGUUCCAACACUAAUGAAAAUUGGCUUCAAGGCACAAUAGCUGAAAAUAGUAUUAGCAAUGCUAAUGAUUUAUUCUCUAAUACUACUGAAAACCAGGCUGUUCCUACUAAAAGAAAGAUAUCUAAUGAUUUCCCAGUGUUUAAUAAUGAAAGUGAAGACCCAUUUAACUAUAUGGAUAUCGACGAAAUUGAAGAACACCCCAAAAAAAAGCCAAAGAAAAAAGAUAUGAAUUCAAUAUUUCUUACUGAGGUUGACACAUCAUCCAAUAAUAAAAAUAAAUCAUCUAAUACUGUGGAGACUAAUGUCGAUGUAGCAAUAGAUCCUAAUUUUGUUAUGAAUUUACUUUCUGAGCCCAAAGGUACUGGACAGUUCAUAGAUGCGAGUAUACUCUCUGAUAAAUCGUCUAAUAUGCAAGCAGAUACUGAACAUGAUUACUUAAUAAAUUCUGUGAUUGUGGAAACUAUAAGCAUGGUGGUGUCCAGACCUACAAAAACUACAAGCUUUAAUCAAGAAAAUAACACUAAUCUUAAAAACUUCAAAAAAUUUAAAAAGAAAGGACCAACUAUGCGAAUUCCAUAUAUUGUUCCAAUGGAAUACACACAAAUCGACUAAAAUAGCUUUAUCUUUUUCUAUUAAAAAUUGAAUUAUAUUAUGUAUUUGAGUUAAGUUUUGGUUAAUUAAAAUUUUUUUACUUGUUUAUUUAUGUAUAAAAAUAAGCUAUAUUGUAUGUGUUAAUGUUUAGUUGAGUUCUACAUAAAAUAAAAAUAUAUUUUUAUUAUCAGUA